GUUCCGUCCGGAAGGGAAAUGACGCCAGUGCAGAAAAUGGCGUCCAGACAAACUACUGACUGGUGAUGUUUGCUACCCCUUUAAUUUAGAGCCGAUUGUAGGCCUCGGAGAUAAGCCGAUGGAAGAACUGGCGAUGCACUUCAGCCGUCCGUUUUCCUGAUUCGGGAAUUCAACCCGCAACUCAUGUCUGCAGGAGCCGCCUGGCCGAAGAGGGGUUGGGGAGCAUCGCAGCGCCGAGAGCAAGGGAAACACAAACACAGGAGAUGUGAGCGUCCCCAAAGCGCGCUUCCAGUCAAGCCUGUGAUUUUUCCACCGGGCCCUAAAAGCUCUGUUCAGGUAAUUGACGCUCAGAAAAGGGACUUGUUAAAAUCUACUGGAUACAAGGGGCACUGUCCUCUGAUUGGUUCGAACAACCCCCUCUGACAUGCCCGUGGCCAAUCAGAGGUGUGCUAUGUCCGGGGGGGAUGUGGAGGUGUACCUGUCCCAGGUGCAUGAUGGGAGUGUGUCGUCCGGGUUCCGGGCGCUGUACGAGGAACGGCUCCUGCUGGACGUCACACUGCUGAUAGAGGAGCACCACUUCCAGGCCCACAAGGCUCUGCUUGCGACCCAGAGCGACUACUUCCGGGUCAUGUUCACGGCGGACAUGAGGGAGCGGGACCAGGACAAGAUCCACAUGAAGGGGCUGACGGCGGCCGGGUUCGGGCACGUCCUGCGCUUCAUGUACUACGGCUCGCUGGAGCUCAGCAUGCCCACGGUCCAAGAGAUCCUGCAGAAUUGGUUCAACAUGGAAACAGCUUCUAUGGCGGCCAUGUACGUGCAGCUGACGGAGGCGGUGGAGUUCUGCUGCUCCUUCCUGCUGGCCAAGAUCUGCCUGGAGAACUGCGCCGAGGUCAUGCGUCUCCUGGAGGACUUCAGCGUGGGCGUGGAGGGCGUCCAGGAGCAGCUCGACAACUUCCUCCUCCACAACUUUGUCCCGCUCAUGAGCCGGCCGGACUUCCUGUCCUACCUCAGCCUGGAGAGACUACAGGCGUACCUGGAGAGCGACGCCCUGAGUCGCUUCCCCGAGAUCGAGCUGUACGAGGCGGUCCAGUCGUGGCUCCGUCACGACCGGCGCCGCUGGAGACACACGGACACCAUCAUCCAGUCUAUCCGCUUCUGCCUCAUGACCCCCGCCAACAUCUUGGAGAAGGUGAAGACGUCUGAGUUCUACCGUUACUCCCGGCAGCUGAGGCAGGAGGUGGACCAGGCCAUCAGCUACUUCCACGACAUCAACCAGCAGCCUCUGGUGGACACGCGCGCCAACCGCAUCCGCUCGGCACGCCCGCAGACCGCCGUGUUCCGCGGCAUGAUCGGACACAGCAUGGUCAACAGCAAGAUCCUGCUGCUACACCGACCCAAGGACCCCCAGGUGUGGUGGGAGCUGGAGGGGCCGCAGGUGCCGCUGCGCCCUGACUGCCUGGCCAUCGUCAACAACUUUGCCUUCCUGCUGGGCGGCGAGGAGCUGGGCCCGGACGGCGAGUUCCACGCCUCCUCAAAGGUGUACCGCUACGACCCCCGGCAGAACUCCUGGCUGCGCAUGGCCGACAUGUCGGUGCCCAGGUCGGAGUUCGCCGUGGGCGUGAUCGGGAAGUUCAUCUACGCAGUGGCGGGGCGCACGCGUGACGAGACCUUCUACUCCACGGAGCGCUACGACAUCACGGAGGACCACUGGGAGUUCGUGGACCCCUACCCCGUCAACAAGUACGGCCACGAGGGCACGGUGCUCAACGGCAAACUAUACAUCACCGGCGGCAUCACCUCCUCCUCCACCUCCAAGCAGGUGUGCGUGUUCGACCCCGGCCGGGAGGCAGGUGGAGCAGCAGCAGCAGCAGCAGGAGGCAGUGGUGUCGGUGGAGGAGGAGCAGUGGUGAGCAGCAGUUGCGGUGCUAGUAGUGGUGCGUCUGGAUGUGGGGGGGGAUCGGGCGGAGCGGAGGCGGCCCGCGUCCGCUCCGGCCGCAGCCCGCUCCUCCCCGGCACGCACGCCAACUGCUGGGAGAACAAGUCCAAGAUGAACUACGCCCGCUGCUUCCACAAGAUGAUCUCGCACAACGGCAAGCUGUACGUGUUCGGCGGCGUGUGCGUCAUCCUGCGGGCCUCCUUCGAGUCGCAGGGCUGCCCGUCCACGGAGGUGUACGACCCCGAGACGGACGAGUGGACCAUCCUGGCGUCCAUGCCCAUCGGGCGCAGCGGGCACGGGGUGGCGGUGCUGGACCGGCAGAUCAUGGUACUGGGCGGCCUGUGUUACAACGGCCACUACAGCGACUCCAUCCUCACCUUUGACCCCGAGGAGAACAAGUGGAAAGAGGACGAGUAUCCCAGGAUGCCUUGCAAACUGGACGGCCUACAGGUGUGCAGCCUCCACUUCCCAGAGUAUGUGCUGGAACACGUGAGGCGCUGCAGCUGAGGUCGGCUCCGGCCCACGUUUUGGUGGAAAAGCUGAUUUUUUGUGGACUGGCUUAUCCCACUUGUAAGAUUAGGUUCAGUGUGUUUUGACACACGGGCGUAAACACCUGUGGUGUUCACAGGCGUGUGUCCACACUCUGCAGAGUAUCAUGAGUGUUAAAGAUGACCAUGAGUUAAAACCAGAAACCAGGUUCUUCAUUCCUUACUGAAAUCAGAACCGCGAGGGAUCAAAUGCAACGCUAUGCUUAGGACGGCGUCCGAUUGAGCAGUCGAGGGAAGCGUUGGGAUCGGUAUUUGGGUUCUUCUGCUGGUCAUGUUUUCCUAUUGUAAUACUCGCACUGAAACACCCUCGAGGCAGUCGACUCGAUGGUUUUUAAAAUGUGCCACGGUUGAAGGCGCAUGGAUCUUUGUUUGUUUUCUAAGGGUCAGCUGCAGGCCAAAAAGGUUAUACCUGGCACAGCAGGAAUAGUAUUUGUAAAAAUCAGGGUGCAGUUCUUUGGUCAAACUGGGAAAAAUUCCCUUGAAGUGUCAGGAUUUUGGCAUCCAUACGUUUUGAGAAGAGGGGAAUGUACAGGAUUACAUAGAAUCAAAAAACAACUAUAAUCUGUUAUUUAUGAUUUCAAAAGGUCCUACCUGUUACUCAAUAUAUCGAAACGCCAAAUAUUUGAAUGGCCUGUAAUGCAUAGCUCCAAACAUUGUAGGUAACAAAGCAUACAGGACGCUGUCAUUCAGAUAUCUUUAGACACAACAGCACUCUAUUACCUACUAGUUGAUAUCCAAAAACGUGAGGCAGCUCGUGACUUUAGGCAACAUGCUUCAGAAGCUGAAUUGAGGCGUCUCCAUGGUGACGGCAGCUUAUGUACACGCAUCCCAAAAUGGCUUCCGAUACGUUUGGGUCCCCGACACGGUUUAUUUUGGCUCUUGUAUAUCCACAAUGCUGUACUUAUUUGUGUGUGUGUGUGUGUGUGUGUGUGUGUGUGUGUGUGUGUGUGUGUGUGUGUGUGUGUGUGUGUGUGUGUGUGUGUGUGUGUGUGUGUGUGUGUGUGUGUGUGUGUGUGUGUCACACCACUGUCUGCUCAGACACACGUGCACACUUGCAUCUUACUGCGUCAUGUGCCACAGGGGUCAUACUUGGUCAACAUCACUUGAGCUCUGGAUUUAGUUUUUGCGCUCUAUUUUUUAUUUGUAUUUAUUUAAUAUUUCUUUUUGUACGGCGAAACCUCUAUUGUGCAUUUUAGAAAGAACAAAAAAGUCAGCCAACUGUUCCUUUUUACGCUACUAGUUCUCAUUUUUUCCUGGAACAUUUAAUUUGUCGAUGUCUAAUAUAUUUUCGUGUCAGUGUCUUAGCGUUCUGCUAUGGUUGUACCCGUGCAGGCUCACGGCGUACCCGGACACCUCUCACUGAACUGUCCCUCUGGGCGCUGCGACUGGUAACCACCGCUUUUACUGGUGAACCGGUGCCCCGUCAGGUACUGGUUGUACGUACUGUGUCAUACCCCUUUAACAUCUGAGCUUGAAACCUCUCUGCCCCCCCCACCCUGUGCUAACUCGCCCUGAUCACAGCCAUGUCCACAGCUCCUCUCUGCAUAGGAGCAGGUUGCACUCACCCUUCUUAUCCGCUAUGCCGGUUUUUCUUACUCAUUGGGUCCCGCCCCAAACGGCUGUGAAUCCAGUGGGUCGACGCACAGAACACUGAGGGAACUCUGAAAAGAGCCGCCACUCAGGUGUGCGCAGGGUUUUCUGUGUUGGCUGUGGGGUCCCGUGGACACUCUGAAGAUGGUCUUUUGAGAAUGGUUUAGGAACCCUUGCUCUAUGCCAACGUCCUCACGUCCUUGUCCAACGACGUCAUCGUUGAACUCCUAGGGAUAUCAGCCGUGUACGAGGCCCGGUAGGAUCAACCUCCCAUGUGAGAAAACCAGCAUAUUGUACCAAUAACAUGUUAAUGGGAGCGUUGUAGAAUGGUGUCUAGGAAACAGACAGGAAAAAACAUUGGGAUACAAAUACACGUAUCUUUCAUUUACAAGCUGAAAACCUUAUGGACCUUCUUUACGUCUCUCAUUAUCACACAUCAUUCCCAUCCAUGUUCUGUUCAACUUUUUUAUGAGCCUACGCUGAAAAGGGCUACAACGUUGGAGCACUGACGCAGUAUUCUUCAGUACUGUAGCUUUUGAAGCAUCCAGUUGCUGUGGCAACAGCUAUGCAGCAAGCAAUCGCUCUGUUUAUGUUUUGCUUCUGCUUUUGCAUCCAAAGAGAGAGAAAUGCAUUUCCAGUUUGUUCAUCUUUUGUGUUGGAUGUAUGCUUGCUUACCAUGCAAACGGAGAGGGAUGUUUAUUGUCAAGUAUUCAUCUCUUAUCUGUUAAAGCGAGUCGAACAAAGUGGAAAUGUACAAGUUUAGCGUUGGCAAGACCAGAGAAGAUGUAUGUUUUGAAACUGCUACAUGUGUUCUGCAUUUGUGAAGAUAGCUGACUGUUACACAAAUCACAUCCCAUCACCAAAAACCCACCAUUCUGCUGUCCGGUAUACCUCUAGGCGUUGAUGCAGUAGUGCAUAGACGCCCGCAAGUCAUUCUGUAAUAUUGUUAUUUAUUGAAUAUAGAAACAUGAAGGUAUGAACGUCCAAAUCGGUGAUGAACUGGCAGUGAACAUCAUGGUCUUCUUGAUCAUCGCUAAUCACUGCUGGGAAAAGAGUGAAUCAGGUCACCAAUAUGUUAUUGUAGUUUCUAUCUGAAGAGCAACAGUCAAUGCCCUAGUCACGUAUUAUGCCAAACUCAUGUCCUCAAACCGCUCCUUUUUAUUUAAUACUGAAGAUAUUUAACUACCCAAUAGUACUGUCCUUAUUUGAUGCACACUAUUUCAAAGCACGGCGACCUCAAGUCCUUCAUCCGUCUCAAAUCUCAAGUAGGAGAAGAAAACAUAAUAGGAUAACAAGGAUUAAGCAUACCCUGUUACAGUGACUGUAUUUGAGGAUGGAAGUUAAUUGAGAUCAGAUUAACGUAAUCAUAAUCUGAGUAGUACUUAUUUGGAACGAUUUGUAACUCUUUCCAGAAAUAAACGUUCGUAUUGAAAGAUG